AUGGCCGACAUGACCCAUGCACCUCUCAACGGCAACUACCCUGCCCAGCAUGCGUACCCGGGCUCUUUCAACCCUGCACAUGCAGCUAUGAACUCUGCGGCUAGCUUCCAACCCGCUCAGUCCUCUACUCCUACUACCGCCACUCCCACCGAACAGCAGAAGAACGAGAUCACCAAGGAUGAAGUGGGUUGGUUCUUCGUUGAGCAGUACUAUACCACUAUGAGCCGCAACCCAGACAAGCUGCCCCUUUUCUACUCUCGCCGCUCUCAGCUUGUUUUUGGUACCGAAGCUGAGUCGGUUCCCGUUGCGAUUGGCACAAAGGCCAUCAAUGAUAAAAUUAAGCAGCUUGACUUCCAGGAGUGCAAGGUUCGCGUUCUCAACGUCGACUCUCAGGCCUCAUUUGACAACAUCUUGGUCUCGGUGAUUGGUGAGAUCUCCAACAAGUCCGAGCCGUCCCGCAAGUUCGUGCAGACCUUUGUGCUUGCCGAGCAGCCCAACGGUUACUAUGUGCUUAAUGACAUCUUCCGAUACCUGGUUGAGGAGGAGGAUGAGUUGGUGAAUGAGGCCGCUGAGCCGGUCGUCGAGGCCCCCAAGGUGUCUGAGCCAGCUCCUGUUGAGGAGGCUCAGGUGACCGAUGAGGUUGCCGUCUCUAAGGUUGAUGAGAAGCUCGAGCAAGAGACCAAUGGUACUGUCGAGCAGCCUGAGGAGACUACUCCCGAGAUCAACGGCACCCCAGCACAGGAGGAGGUUGAGAGCCCCAUCCCCGCUGUUAAAGCCGAGAUUGUGAACGACGAACAGCCCCAGACCCCCGUCCCUACCCCCGCACCUGUACCCGAGCAGAAGGAGGCUCCGGUUGAGAAGGAGUCCGCUCCCACCCCGGCAAUCCCCAAGACCUGGGCCACUAUUGCGUCUUCCAUCAAGUCGAAUGCUGCUGCUGCUGCUGCCGCUGCCGCCGCCGCUACCGCUCCUGUCGUCCCUGCCAUCCCGGCCGCCACCCCCAAGGCUGCUGCUACUCCUGCGGCUGCCCCUGCCUCUAACGCCACUCAGCCUUCUGCUGCUGCCACCACCACCGCAGCUCCUGCUACCGAGACUCGCGCCCAGGAGGCCUCAUCUAACGAUAGUGCCGGUUGGCAAACCGCUGGUGGCGACCACAAGAAGACCCAGACCCGUGCUGGUGAAGAGCAGACCGUGCUUGGAUAUAUCAAGAAUGUCACUGACAAGAUUGAUUCCGCUCAGCUCAAGCAGACUCUGUCUCGCUUUGGCAAGCUCAAGUACUUCGACGUCAGCCGUCCCAAGAACUGCGCUUUUGUUGAGUUCGCUGAGCCUUCUGGCUACGCUGCUGCCGUUGCUGCCAACCCUCACCAGGUUAGCGGCGAGCAGAUUCUUGUUGAGGAACGCCGUCCCCGCGGCAAUGCCUACGGCAGCAACGGAUUCGGUGGCCGUGGCGGUGCCCGUGGUCGUGGUGACCGUGCUGGCAGCCAGGGUCGCGGUGGAUUCCAGCGUGAUGGUCGUGGCGGCUUCGCUCCCCGUGGCCGUGGCGGCAAUGUGGCUUCCAAGGGCCGCAGCCAGGCCCAGGCAGCCUAA